ACCAGACCCAUCAUGAUGCUUCCUCUGACAUAUCUACUCUGUGUCUUUUAUGUCUACAUACAAGGAUCCUGUGGAGAGAUUGUGAUGACUCAGACUUCGGAUUCUAUCUCUGUGUCCCCGGGACAGACAAUCACCAUCACAUGUACAUCCAGUAAAAGUCUUUCUCAUGUACAGGCUCCAAAAAAACUCAGUUAAUAGCCUGGUACCAAAAGAUAGAAGGACAGCCUCCUAAACUCCUCUUGUAUAGCUCCAGUACUCGAGCAUCCGGGGUUCCAGAUAGGUUCAGUGGAUCUGGUUCAGGAACUCAAUUCACAAUGACAAUACAAAAAGCGAGUGAAGAUGAUGAAGGAAGAUAUUACUGUCAGCAGUAUAUUGAGUACCCUCUCAC